AUGGAACCCGACGAAUCAAUAGGUUAUCCGUCUGCUCCGUCAUUUUCCCUCGAACCAUCCAUGUACACCUAUGACCCAUCAUCAAAUUUCCAUGCAGGAGCGAUAACCUCUGGUAGUUCAAUGUAUGGUCUUCCACCGGCAGAUCCUUUUCAACGAACUGAUCCCAUGGUUAUGGGCAGCGCCAAUUCUGAUCAGAAAGAUGUUGACCUCAGCGAUAAAAAUGGGUAG